AUGUUGCGCGCCGCAGCCAGGAGCGUCGCCCGGGUGGCCCGCAGGGCGUCCAGCAGCAAUGCAGCAGGCGUGCUGGUCGGCGCUUCUCGGACAGCCUACAGCACAUGGACUCAGGCUGCAGUGAAGCCUCGCGUGGGCCGUGCGGCCCUGCUGGCCGCCAUGGGUGUCGGCAUGGGCACCACCGUGGCAAUGGCUGCCAGCAACCAGGAGCGCUCCUUCAUCAUGGUCAAGCCCGAGGGUGUGCAGCGCGCGCUCGUCGGCGAGGUCAUCAAGCGCUUUGAGCAGCGUGGAUUCAAGCUGGUCGGGCUCAAGGUGCUGGUGCCCUCCAAGGACAUUGCCAACGUGCACUACGGCGAGCACGAGGGCAAGCCCUUCUUCCCCAAGCUGGUGGGGCACAUCACCUCUGGCGCGGUAGUGGCUAUGGUCUGGGAGGGCAAGGACAUCGUGAAGACGGGCCGGGCCAUGAUAGGAGCCACCAACCCGCUGGCAUCUGCCCCGGGGACCAUCCGAGGAGACUUCGCCAUCGAUCUGGGGAGGAACAUUGUGCAUGGAUCCGACUCCGUGGACUCCGCCCAGCGGGAGAUCGCCCUCUGGUUCAGCCCCGAUGAGCUGGCGGAGUACGAUCCCACCGUCACGCCCUGGAUCUACGAAUGA